UGAAGCCGUAGCAGCCUAUUUGUGGCAAGUAGCAAAAUGCAACUUUUUAGGAGCCCAGUUUAGUUGUCGUGUAUAGAUUCAGAUCCCCGAUCAAAUGACUGCAACAAUUGAACAAGUUGACCGUCCAAAAGCAAUAUGAGCUCGUGAUCUUCAAAUUUUUAGAUCAAGAAUUUACGAAUACGAUUGCAAGCAGAAAAUCCAUCAUCAAGAAAAAUGGUAGCAGCACCAGCCAACACAAACACGACCGUGAGGACCAGUGAGGUUUCGACCGGACCUUGUGCCGCCACUCUCGGUCCGAAAUUAGCGCCUUUCAAUCCCAGCGGCGACUUCGUAGUCGAAGCAGCUUUGCAGUUUUUAACUUCUUGUUCUGAGGAGACGAGCUCGUCAACUACAUCUUCAACCGCAUGUUCUGAGGAGACGAGCUCGUCUAAUUUGCGAGAAAUUUUUGUAGAUCUAGGAUGUGGGGACGGACGAGUGGUGGGUGCAAUUCCAAUUUCCUCGUCCUCGUCCGCGACUAGGUCUAGAACAUCGUCAGCGACCACUUCUAAAACGAAGAAGAUACAUGCAGCGAUCGGUAUAGAGUACGACCAGGCUGUAUUUGAAAGGGGUCGACGACGAUUUUGCCCUAUUUCUACAUCGUUGCCAGAUCCAAGAACUGAAGAAAAUAGUAGCGCAACAACUACCAGUGGACGUGGAGCAACGCCUUCUAGUUGUGUUGGAUCAUUCACUUCAUGCAGAAAAGAGACUUCUUCUUUGCCUUCAGAGAUUGCAUCUCUGUUUCAACCUGAAGAGCGGGAGCAAAUUCGAGACUGGUUUUUGAUAAAGACUGAAGAAGAGGAAGAUGCGAAAGAUACCAAGGCCAAGAAUGAGGACUACACCACUUCCACUAGCACUAGCACUAUAAAGACGAGGAUCGUACUCCUCGCAGAUGCCACCGCGUUUAGGCAUUUAGUAGAACAUCUUGGGACGCUUUUUUUCGUCUAUCUAGUGCCAGAGGGUCUCAAAUUGAUCCAGCCUCUUCUCAAGCGUGCGAUGCAAACGAGAAGGGGCGUGAAAGUGGUGUCCUACAUUUUUAAGUUGCCACUGGAAGAUGGAGGUCGUGGGCAGGAAGGGUCUGGAGCAGGAGCAUUAGAACCUACUAAGAUUGUCAAGCACAAAGGUGUCAACAUUUACUGCUAUGAUGGAGAUGCGAUAUUUCCCGAGAAAAUAUAGAGAUGAGGACUGUGUGCAUGUGGAAGAUGUGGA